GGGGCAUGGUCACUGCCCGCGGUGCACCAGGAACCUUGCGUGGAGUGGGCAGUAUCCAUAUGCGGCGUGGUCAAAGCCUCACCUGAAACACAAGCCCAGCACUUACUAGUUUUAUUGACAUCUCUUGGUGCUGCCCCUUCAAAUGUCUUGACUGUCAUUUUAGAAUUUGGGCAGCAGAAGAGAGAAGCUCAUACACUCCUGAUUGGCUGUCCUCUGUGCUCAGACUCAGCCCACACGCAGACACCUCCUCCCCAUUCUGGGUCCUGCAGGAGGCUCCUCCUGCGGGACUGCGCAUGAAGCUCAGUUAAUGACAAGGUCCCUUCGCCUUUGUGAGCAUGUCCUCUGCGGCUUCUGCAUGUGUUCAGUAAGUGAGCAAAUAAAGGGAAGGGGUGCAGUCAGAGGCCUCUGGGCACCGGAGCCACACCCUCCCAUGGCGUGAGGAGUCUGGAGCCUGCCCUGGAGUCUGGGACAACAUCACAUGCUGGCCCCCAGCGGACCUAGGCGAGACCGUCACAGUGCCCUGUCCAAAAGUGUUCAGCAAUUUCUACAGCAAACCAGGAAACAUAAGCAAGAACUGCACAAGUGAUGGGUGGUCGAAGAUGUUUCCAGAUUUCAUAGAUGCGUGCGGCUUCCACGACCCUGAAGAUGAGAGCAAGAUCAUGUUUUACAUGCUGGUGAAGGCCACGUAUACCCUGGGCUACAGUGUCUCUCUGAUUUCCCUUACAACCGGAAGUAUAAUUCUCUGCCUCUUCAGGAGGCUGCACUGUACCCGCAACCACAUCCACCUGAACCUGUUCCUCUCCUUCAUCCUGAGAGCCGUCUCGGUGCUGGUCAAGGAUGACGUUCUGUACUCCAGCUCCGGCAGGCAGCACUGCCCCGACCAACAGUCCUCCUGGGUUGGCUGCAAGCUGAGUCUGGUGCUCUUCCAGUACUGCGUCAUGUCCAACUUCUACUGGCUGCUGGCGGAGGGGCUGCACCUGCAUGCCCUCCUGGUGGCCAUGUUCCCCGGCCGCCGCUUCACAGCCUACCUCCUGAUAGGAUGGGGUGUCCCCACCAUCUGCACAGGGGCGUGGGCAGCCACCAGGCUCUCCUUAGAGGACACGGGUUGCUGGGAUACCAACGACCACAGCAUUCCCUGGUGGGUUAUACGAACACCGAUUUUAAUUUCUAUUAUAGUCAACUUUGUCCUUUUUGUUAGUAUUAUACGAAUUUUACUGCAGAAGUUGACGUCCCCAGAUGUCGGUGGCAAUGACCAGUCACAGUAUAAGAGGCUGACCAAGUCCACGCUGCUGCUCAUCCCCCUGUUUGGAGUCCACUAUGUGGUGUUUGCGGUGUUUCCCAUCGGCAUCUCCUCCACAUACCAGAUCCUGCUCGAAUUGUGCAUCGGAUCGUUUCAGGGCCUGGUGGUGGCGGUGCUCUACUGCUUCCUCAACAGCGAAGUGCAGGGUGAGCUGAGAAGGAAAUGGCGAGGCCUGUGCCGGCGCCAGCCCUCCUGCCGGGACCACAGGCUCCAUGGCUCGUCCUCCUGGAGGAACGGCUCAGAGAGCGUCCUGCCGUGCCGCCGGGGCUCCCGCGCCCCAUCCUUCCUGCAGACGGAGACCUCGGUCAUCUAGCCCGCAGGCAGAGGCCAGCAGUCCCCGCGGUGAGUCUGAGCUCCUGGGCUUGCCCCACCGCGGGAUUGGGGGUGCGUGGCUGCCAACACAGAUCCAAGUCUGAUCGUUGUCACUCCCACAUUUCAGCAAUUUUGUUCAGAACAUUGUUUGGCCACACAGACAGACCCAUUUUCAAAGACAGCAGAGGACCACGUGGCCCCUGAAAUGAGAUGCAGGGGGCCGGAAGGGGGCCCAGCCGCUGCAGAAGGAAGACAAGGGACUCUCUAAUGUCAGCACCUGCUCUGGGCAGGGAGCCCAGGCCUGAGCUGGGUGCUGGCCAGUGACCUCCCUCUGCGCAAGCCUACCUCUGCCUCCUGCCUGUACCACAGGGUAGUCCUCUUGUCUGCAGGACAGGUGCACAGAGGCCGGUUCAGGACUUCCCAUGAAAUUACUCCUGCAAGCAACCCAGCCCACUUGGGCACCUCUGCCCCUCUGUCCCCAGGCCCCGGGUCCAGCUCGAACCACAGGCUCUCCACUCCCUGCUUCUCUGCCAGGAGAGCCGCCCAGCCCAGGGAAAGUGCAUGGAGGGUGUCCCCUAGGGAGCAUGUCACCCCAGGGCCCCUCAGCCCCAGAACACAUGUCUCAGGGGCCACAGCAGGGGAGGUCACCAGUGGUGGUGGAGACCUGCUUUGCUGCAGACACACCAGGUGGCUGCCCAGCUGUGUGUUUUCAGUGUGUGAGUGCCACACCCAGUGAAGCCUGGGCCGGGAGCUGGCAGAGCCAAGCGGCAGUGUCCGGGGCCCUCCUAGCUGUUACCAGGUCCCCAUGCCUGUCGUGGCUGCUGCCAGGCCCCAGUGUUAGUGGUGCUGUGGGGACAGUGACACGCUGAGGCCCAUGCACGGGAACUAGUCUACCCUUCCUGGGAAAGGGAAAAUGGUGCAGAAAGUAUUUACUAACAGCCAGUGGAGCCGGUGACCACAGAGUCAAGGUGUGUCAUUUUAUGGUGUCAUAAACAUGUAGAAAUGUCCGAAGUCACCUGAACCUCAAUGAAACCUGAUUUCACAUCUGUACGCUGAGCAGGAAUUCACUUGGACCCACACAUCCUGAUGGACUCAGCCUUUGUAGCCGAGGACUUCACAUUCAGAGAUGUCCCUGCCUCCAGGGUGGAGUGGGCCGUGGAGGGAGAGGAGCAGGUGGACACACAGUGCCUCCUCGGGGCAGAGACAGGCGCCUGCCCCAGGGCCCCCACCCGAGCAGGGGUAUGGUGCCGUGGCAGCUGGGCAGCUGCGUCUGGAGAGUCUCCCUGCGCACCAGGUGGAACCUCACCCAGACUGGGGAGGGCCCUCGACUGAUCAGGAAAGAAUCCUCCAUCAUGUCAACCAAGUGCCAGCAAGAUAGGAAUUCUAAUUAAAGCAAGAGUAAGAGCGAAUGUCAGCAGCUGUAGAGUAAGGAAGAGCGGAGGGAGGGAAGGGAAAAUCACCGACCCACUGCUCCACAUGGAGCAGAUCCCUCGCCAGUUCCUACUCCAGGGUCACCUGGUGCCCAGCACCUGUGUGAUCUGCAUGGCAUGGGAACUGUAUCCCUACCACCCCAGGAUUUGGAGGAGCCGCAGAGCACUGGGUGGAAUGAGUUUAUGUUCUGAGAACUUCCACUUCCCUACUGGUCUGAAAUAAGACAGGGAAAGAGAAAAGGAUCAUGUUGAGACUUAGAAAGCUGAAUGAAACAGCAACGUGACAGAGACGUCCCCACAGAGGUGGAGGCUGGCAAGCUGCUGUCUUUAUUGUGGAGAAGAGCUCAGAGACAAGUGCAGUCGGCUUUUGCAACAAUAAAGUGUAUUUGAUAAGACAGCGCGCAUUCAGAUGGAGUGGGGCAACCUCAGCGAGGAGGUGCACUUAAGGGCUUACAGUUUGGGGUUAGGGCCUUUUGGGUAGGGUUGGCAUAAGGCAUGAUUUAGAAGGUGAUUCAUAAUUCCUUUGAAGUUUUGUCUUAAGAUAGGGUUAUUUAGGUAACUGUUGAUCUGGAUCUUGGCAUUCUUUACCCAUUAGGUUCAUUUACACUCACGCCUCCAGCCCACAGCAGACUUCCUCCAGUGCAGAACCACUGGACUCAAAUGGGGUCCUCUCUUCCAAGCCUGGUGCUUCGUGCUCUAAAUACUAUUUGAAAACAGAAGCCCGAGGCACUGGCCCCUCCUGCAGGGACCGCCAGCAGGGUGCGUCUCAGGUCCCGUGUCUGCGUAGGUCAUUAUGGCUCC